UACCAAAUCAGGUGCCGGUCGGUUAGCAAUAUGUAUCGCGUUUCACCAAUGCAGCAUCAGUUCUAACUCUUCAGAGCUUGAAUCUUACUAGCAUUAGACUUUGUUUUCGGUACGAGUCAUAGUUCGUUGCUAUAGUUACUAAGUUGCGCCAAGUAUCGGGGGUUCCAACUAAGAAUACAACUCGUGCAAGGUGCCUCGAAGAAGACUAUAAAUUAUUCACCGCGACUGGUAAAGUGAAAUUCCAAAAAGGGGCGCAAUCUUAGGUGCCUUAGGUCGAUCAUCGUCGUCGUCGUCAAGUGGUGCAAGAGAAAGAGUCCAAUAAGCAAAACGAGAGAAAAGCGGAGAAAGAAGUCUGACUGGAUUUGCCGCUUUGGUACUCCGGAUCUACCAUAACAACAUCAACAACUUCUCCGGGCGUCCGUUGAGGCAGCAUGCUCUGCAGCAGGCGGCCAUAGAGGCCCGGUUUGAUGAGAUUAAUCUUGCAGAACUGUGCGCUGCAAAGGGGGCCAGAAGCCGAGUGGUCUGGGCGGUCUUUGGAGCAACGACAGCAGCAACAGCAGCCAAGAUUGGCCUCGGUCGCAGCGUGAAUUUCUCUCAACCUUACCUGGGCCUGGUCUGGGCUGGUUUGGGACGGUUUGGACCUUGCUUCGCCCCGUUGACUGGCAAGUGCGCUUUUUUCUGGACCACACUACUUAGUACCGAUUUUACCUUGGCCGGUGGUAGAAGAGGAAGUUGUAAAUUGGUGUCGUGAUCUCGCGCGCAAUUCGUGACGAAAAGUGCUCUCCAAAUCUAACUGUGUUUUUGGAUUACUCUACAAGAGAAAGAUUGGAAUUUCACUCGACUUGCAAACGAAAAAGGUCUUCUAAGUGAAAUCGCGUGAUGUCGCAUGGUUUCAAGUGCUUUGUCUUUGUUGGUAGAACCAAGUCCAGUGCGUGGAACAUGUGAGUGCUCCAAACGUAUCGAUCGGUCCACUUUAAAAUAGAAAUAAAAAGCUGCUCACACAACAAUCAUUUACCUGAGCAUCAACGGUACUGAUAGCGCAGCAGUGCAAGAAGGAAGCCAUGGUGUAUUCGAGUCGUGAAAAUUUUACUGCUACAAUGCUUCAUAGCAAUGAGUUUGAUGCGGCCGGGGUGACGUCACGCUCUUUGACGGUGGUAGACGAAACGGUGGUGAAUGAUUGGCAGAUUAGUCAGAACCAUUUCAGCGAUUCAUCAUCGGUACCUCCGCCACCGGUUUGGGGCUCUGCAGGACCGGGAGCAGGCAGCGGUGGCAGCAGCAGUAAGAAAUCCUCUGCAUCGCCGAAUAUCGAUGAAUUGAGUGACGAACAGAAAGUCGAUCCGGAAUUAAUCUUCACAAAGCAAGAACGAAUCGGAAAGGGAUCCUUCGGUGAAGUAUUUAAGGGCGUUGACAACAGAACACAGCAGGUUGUGGCAAUCAAAAUUAUCGACCUAGAGGAAGCGGAAGAUGAGAUCGAAGACAUACAACAGGAAAUUAUGGUGCUAUCACAGUGUGACUCCCCCUUCGUCACCAAAUACUUCGGGUCAUAUCUUAAGGGUACAAAACUAUGGAUCAUCAUGGAAUACCUGGGCGGCGGGUCGGCCUUGGACCUGAUGAAAGCCGGCCUGUUCGAAGAGAUGCACAUAGCCAUCAUCCUGCGAGAGGUUCUCAAAGGUCUCGACUACCUGCAUUCGGAACGAAAGCUCCAUCGUGAUAUCAAGGCAGCGAAUGUGUUGCUCAGCGAACUGGGUGACGUCAAGCUGGCGGACUUUGGCGUGGCCGGUCAGCUCACCAACACGACCUCAAAGCGGAACACAUUCGUCGGGACACCGUUCUGGAUGGCACCGGAGGUCAUCAAGCAGUCCAUGUACGACUCCAAAGCGGACAUCUGGUCCCUGGGGAUAACCGCCAUCGAGCUAGCCAAAGGUGAGCCACCCAACUCGGAACUACAUCCGAUGAGGGUGCUCUUUCUGAUCCCGAAGAAUAAUCCCCCGCAGCUGACCGGUAGCUACACCAAGCCAUUCAAAGAUUUUGUCGAAGCGUGCCUCAACAAAGAUCCGGAAAAUAGACCCACGGCAAAAGAAUUGCUAAAGUUCCCCUUCAUCAAAAAAGCGAAAAAGAACGCAUACCUGAUCGACUUGAUAGACCGGUACAAGAAAUGGAAAUCGCAGAAAGGAGAGGAAAGCGAAACGGAAUCGGAAAAUUCAGACUCUGAGGAAUCGAAACCCGACAGCGACCUGGACGAACCAUGGAUAAUGACGGUGAAGGGUAUGCACUUCAACAAUUUUAACAAAGCUUCGAUGGACGACGCGCUUGGGUCGCCGGUGAAACAUAACGGCACCAGCAACAACAUGAUGGUCCUGGGUAACGCAAGGGAUCGAGAUCGAGAUAGAGACUUCAAUCUGAAUCAGCAAAAAUCCAGCCAGCCACGAACUCCAACGUCGCCAUCGCAUCAGUCGCAGACCUCGUCGGCACUGAUAUCCUCCAACAGCAAUUCCAACAACCGAAAGCAACAGCUAGUCUCGGAUCGGGAACCGACCUCACCCCAGAAGGAUAUCGGUGUCCACUAUCCGAACGAUCGGGCCAGUCUGGAACGGCAGCGGGAAAGCGAGAAGGAGCGGGAACGUGACCGGGACCGGGAACGGGAUCGAAUAGAACGGGAACGCGAUCGGGAACGUGAGCGUGAACGGGAGCGAGAGCGCGACCGGGAACGGGAACGGGAGCGGGAGAGGGAAAGGGAACGAGAGCGUGAACGGGAGAAGGAAGUCGAGCGGGAAAAUAAGGAGAGGCGAGGCUCGAAGGAGGUGUCCAACCAUCGAGGAGACGGCGAGGAGAAGAUCAGCAGUUUGCGACGAGAGCGCGAAAUUAGUCACAGCAAUGGUAACCCCAGAAGCAACAGUAUUACAAAUGUAAAUAACAACUCCAAGAGUCGGACGAACAGCGGUUGCCUGAAGUCGAUCAUUUUCCCCCUGCUAUCGGAGAUGCAGCGAAGUUACUCCAGUUCCAGCAAUGCCGAGCUGAGUGACCUGCGGCUAGCGUUCGAGAAGGCCGAGCUAACGUGCCCCGGGGUGAACGAUCUGUUCGUGAAGGAAAUCAUCCACAAACUGGUGCCCGGUUUCUCCGAGACCCGGAUCAAUACGCUUAUAGACAAAGUGACGCGAGAUUCCAAAGUGAAACGAUAAGAAAGCUUAACAUCCGUGUGUGAGCGUGUUCCCUGCGUACAGAGAGUGUUCUAGUGUGGUGUGGCCCGUAAUCAAGGUGAUUUGUAAGAACUAUUCCGGGUAUUCCAACUCGUGACGAUCGGCUCACUUCCGGUACGGAGCGAAGCAAUAGCUGCGACUCACAUUAGAACUAACACGAAUGGAAUAUGUACUAAAUGUGUCAGUUAUGGAAAAAAUGAGCGACGAUGUGUGUAAAUAUCUUUCUAAGUUUUGGUAAAACAUUAAAAGAUUAACAAGAUUUAUUUAUUUUAAAAAUUCUUGUUCUGUAGUUACAGUCUUUUCCUGCUAUCUGUCACUAUUAGUUAGUAAAACUUAGCCAGAGAUUUUCUCGCCCGAAGAAUGCAUCAAGAAAGAGCGGUGGAAAACUAGUGUAUUUCUAUCUAGUAAUCCGACGACUUAUGACAAUAUGUCCUUUUUAAACACCGCAUUAGAAGUUUGUAGUAGUUUAGCAAUCAUGGUCAUUGUAGAGAUUGAAACAAAUUAUUUUUUGUUUAAAGAUGCACUUCACAUACGUAGAAUUUCUUGAGUCUUGUUAAUCAUCCCUCGUAAAAUUUGGUACGUGGCGACUGUUUUCUGUAAAUAUUUUGUAAAAAUUUCCAUUUCGUAGGAUUCUAAAUCUGCGCUGUUCCUACAAACAGCGAACAGCAUUCUUCCAUUAGAUUAACUCCGUGAAAGUGUAUUCUGUUUAAUUUUCGUUUGUGUUGGUGCAUUUUUAACGAACAUUUUUGGACAUUUGAUUCUAAAUUCUAUUUUUCUCCUUCACCCAGACGAAAUCCUCCGUCGUCGUCCAAGAUGACCGUUCUUUACUAAGAGUGCGUUUUCUCGCGUACGCAAACCUGUGCAGAUUUGUUCAAUGUUCGGCAUUCCAUCAGUUCCAAUUGUUGUUGAAAGUAUGUUUUGGUCGCAAUUUUAUACAAUUCGCUAGCUUGAAUUUUGUUUUAUAUUACUUAUGUUUUCUUGUUUUAUUUUACGCUUUUGCAUUUUUGUUGAUCAAAAAUUGUUUUUCUCCCAUUGAUAACUAAACGAGCUAGGAAAACUGUCCACUAUGGCGACUGCAGUGAACUUAGUCAGCAGCUGAUGUUAUUAAGCUAAGUAGUUAGUUUCGUUGAAGAACUUCCCUUCACAUCCAACGUACACAUGACCAUAACAGAACGAGAAAAAGAAAGGAUAGUAAAGCAGAUGAUUAGUAGUUAUCCAUGUACUCUAGCCAGAAGGAGAGUUUAUGGAUGCAAGCAUGUAUGUUAUAAUAAUUUUAAUACGAAUUCUUCAGUAUGUAAUAUUGACUGUAAAACAAACGGUGGAGUAGGAUUUAGCUGUGAAUGUGUAGGUACGAACUGUGGGAAGUGGAAGGAAGCAUAGAAGGGAAACAUGUAAUAUUUAAAUUGAUGCAUACGGAAGGAUACUAAUUUAACUAGGUAUAUAUAACAAAAAUCCAUUUCGAAAAGAAAAACACGCGAACAGAUUUUUUUGCAAAACUAAUCAGAAGCCCAAGUAUAAAUUUCAGGAAGCAUACGAACAGUUAAAACACGUUAUUAUACUAUUAAAAUAAAACAAAGGUAACAAAACAGAAGAAAAAUUAUUAUCAAUAGACUUUCAGAACGUGAAACACUGUCGUAGAGCUGACAUAUUUCAAAUGCCGGAAUAGGAUUCAUGUUAUCACGUGCACGACUAAAUUUACGUAUACACAGUCAGUGAUACAGUUCAGCAAAAGAUUAACGAAACACUACUACAGGCGGCGCCAAAACAAAAACAGAAAAUAAACGGAUAUUCGAUGGAGAAGACUAUAAAUUUGAAAACGUUUGUUGGUUUCUUAAAAUACGGUUCGCAUCAUAUAGGACACAGCGUUCACGUUUGUAACGUUGAUGUCAGUGUUGUGGAGUGUCGUGGUAGAUGAACAAAUUCCUUUGAAAUGUUUGGGUACCGAAUAGGGAGACGAAGAAAAUUAACAAUAAAACCAAUCGUAAAUCAAAUAUUGAUAAA